AAUUGCAGCAGCCCUUGACCCUUUUACCCUUCUUUCUUUAGCUCUCUGAAUUUCACUUUGGGUGUUUUUUUUUUUAAAGAUGAUUCAAUUAUUGUUCAUGGUGAUAUUCUCAGAGAUGGCGGUGAUCAUGGUAUUAUCAUUCAAGACACCGUUUAGGAAGCUGGUGAUAAUGGGUCUGGAUCGGCUUAAACGAGGACGAGGUCCUGUGGUGGUUAAGACGGUGGCCGGAACGGUGUUUGUAGUGAUGGUGUCGAGCGUAUACAGCAUGAUGGAGAUCCAGAAACGUUGGGUCGAUGAUGAUGGACCGGUUAGUUCAACGGACCAGGUUCUUAUGGUCCGACACCUUCUUGAAGCUACUCUCAUGGGGGCCACAAUUUUCCUAGCACUAAUGAUAGAUAGAUUACACCAUUAUAUCAGAGAACUCCGGAUAAGAAGGAAGACCAUGGAUGCUGUCAAGAAACAAGGUCAAGGUUCCGAUGAUAAAAAACCCGAUGGCUUUGACAAAGUUAAAUCCUUGGAAGAAGAAGUAAUGACUCUUCGUGAGAAACUUAAGCAGCUGGAGUCUGAUAUCGAGGCAAAGACUAAACAGAUUAAUGCUGCAGAAGUUAAUACGGUUGCUUUAAGGAAACAAUCCGAAGGUUUACUUCUCGAGUAUGAUCGGUUACUUGAGGAGAACGAAAGCCUUCGGGGUCAGUUGCAAUCUUUGGACCGGAAAUUGUCACGUUCAGAUAGUAAGAAGAAUUUAUAACGACCCAAAUAUCUUUUGCAAAUCGGUAUAGUUUAACUGUUGAUUGCUGUUUUAGUUUGUCAAACAUUCAUCCUUUUUUAAAAGUGUUCUAAAACUUUUGAGGUUUAGAGAAAUUGACCUUUAUGUGUAUUAUGGAAUCAAAUGUUGAAUAGAUGAGUUUUGGAGAACA